AUGCCAGUGGCUCUCAUGCUGCGAGCCUGCACGAGGCUCGAGUCCUCUGUGACGGCGCAGACAUGGACACGAAGAGCAGCAUUUCUCGCAUUACGACAGAAUACAACGAGGAACCGAACCAUAUUCACUCGAUCAUAUCAUCUUGAAGCACACUCGUCAUACCCAGAAGAAGGCACUCAGAUAUUAUCACAAUUGCGGCUACGUAAAGCAGCUCCGAACCCCUCCAAUACCACUAUAGUCGAAGAUACGCAGGGUUCUCAGACAUGGUCUGGCUCGCAACGAAGGCAUGAACAAGGCGAUCGCAGUUCUCAUGGACGCAAUUAUGAACAAGAGACAAAGACAAGAAGCACAAGCCCCUCGAAUGAUUCACCAGGCGCACGCUUCUACCAGAAUAGAUCGCCUCGCGAUCCAGAAUCUAUUCGAAAAGCUGCUGAAUAUCGUCAAAAGGAAAAAGAAAAAGAGAAGAAACGGAGGGAAAGAUACGAUCAAUGGGGAUAUCUGCGUCAUCAAUACUCCGGCGAUGAACUGGUCGCUGUAAAAAAGCAAUUCAACUUCUGGCAUACAAACUUGGAUUCAAUUGUAGCUCGGACUAAACCAAAAUCAUCAUCAUGGCUGGACGACGGGAAAUUCCUUUUCGAACUGGAAAGCCCCUCGGAUAUGGGGAAUGCCUGGCACGAACUUGACGUUGAAUCUCGGGAGAAGAGAUGGCCUCGUGUAAUGCUGUCGACACUUUCCUCACGCCCGGAUAAGGCGAUCCAAGUUCUCGAGGCUACCUUGGAUCCUUUACCGCCUGGUUACGCAAUGGCCGGCGUUGCUCAAUUUUGCAUCUCGGCUCUGGAUCUUAAAGGUAUCAAAGUAAUGCGCGAUCGUGUUACAAAAGCCGACGAGGUGCUAGAACUCUUUGCCAAACUGAUCGAGGACAUCCCAUCUGGUCAUGUGCCAUUCCGUCAAAGCACCCUAGGCCUUCUUGCUGCAAAGUUGCCGAUUGAGCAAACGACAGAGAUCUUUCAAAUCUUACAGCGGUCGGGAACCAGGUUGCACCGGAAUACGCUUUUGAAGUUUGCCGACAAGCUUGCGCGUAGCCAUGAGCACAAAGAACAAGCUUUCCAGAUUCUACGGAACAUCGCAGAUGAAGGCCAUGACUUGAACUCGCCGUCCAUCGCGAGUGUCAUCACUACAUUAUUACAUAUUCAACCAACAGCACACUCAUGGUCCGACUCGCAGGGUGCCUUUUCACCUCAACGUGCUAUGGAGUAUUUCCUAGAACACGGAUUUUCCCCCAACUUGGUCAGUUUCACAGCUCUAAUCUCGUCUCUUUGCCUGCAAGGUGAUAUUGAAGAAGCUGUUCGGCUUCCAUUAUUGCUGGCGGAGAACGGCGCUGAGCUUGACAGUCGAUGUUAUACUACUGUGUUCAGGGGGGCCAAAAGCAGCCUCAAAGCGUCUAAUGUACGGCGAGCUCUGGAUGUUGCUCGAGCUGCAAAAGUACCGCACGUGGACGUGCUUAAUAACACGCUGCAUUCCAUCUUCUACUUUGCAGAGAUGGAAAGCCGAGACAAGAGGUUUCCAGCACCAUAUGUUGUCCCCAUCUUUGGGCCUUUGCUUCGUAUCUACGCCAAGAAAUUCGACCUAGAGCCUCUACAAUGGCUUUUGCCCGACACUUUACCCCUGCUUCUCGGUCAAGAAAACAUGGACACCAGUGAAAAGUUCAUGUUCAACCCGCAGAUACAAUGGGAAUUCAGGAGCACCAUUCUUCCUGUUGCGAACGAAUUCUUUGACAGCAGUGCUGGCCCUCUACAGAAACCCAACAUGCAGACACUAGCAAUUAUGAUGCGAGGAUACAUCAAGACCCUGCACCGACCUUACGACUUGAUGUCUUUCUACACUUGGUUCAAAUCACGCUUAGAGGAGCGUGGGACUGAGAGGAAUUUGGCUCAACAGCUGGUCAAGGAACAGGGAAGCAUCAUUCACGAUACACUAAUUCUGGUCAUGCUUGAGCGAAAGGUUCUUCUUCGCCCAGCGCUGCAAGUAUUUGGAGAUAUGCUUCGCGAUUCGCUAAUCGCCAAGACGCCUGAAGACGGCACGCAAGAGGAAGUCUUGGGUGAAAACUUUCCUGUUCACCCGCCACCGAAUUUAUUCACUUUCAGCAUUCUUCUUCAUGGGCUUCUCAUGCGAAGGGAAGUAAUACUGGCAGAGCAAGUUCGACAAGCUUUGCAGGAACACAACCUGGAACCCAAUAUCGUCACUUGGAACACACUUGUUAAGGGCUACGCUGCGAUGCAAGACCUGUCUCAGACAGUUGGCACACUACAGGACCUCGAGGCAGCUGGAUACAAGCCAGACAUGCACACAUUCAAGGCAUUUGCCAAGCUGAAAGAUCAGACUCGGGCAUUGGAAACGAUGGAAAAGAUCAUUGAUGAAAACAGGAAGAGGCUGGAAGAGCACCAGCCCCAGUAA